CCUAGGGUACGCAGCUGCCCCGGGAGGGGGAGGGGUCAGCGCUCAUGACUCGGGAGCCAGCCUGUAGUCAGAUGUUCACACCCCACUGACUGGGCAGGCACGGGUCAUCUGCCCUCAGGUGGUCUGAGGCCCCUGCCAGGCACUAGUGGGCACCUCGGGCCAGCUGGAACCCCCAGGAAGAAUCUCCUUAGGCCCUUGGAGUGGUGGCCUUGGGGCCCGGCUGUGGCUAUGGAACUUCUGGAGACCCCCGUCAAGGACGGCAUCCUCUACCAGCAGCACGUCAAGUUUGGCAAGAAGUCCUGGCGGAAGGUGUGGGGUCUGCUUUAUGCAGGAGGCCCAUCAGGCGUGGCACGGCUGGAGAGCUGGGAGGUCCGGGAUGGUGGCCAGGGGCCAGCGGGUGACAGAUCUGCGGGGCCUGGCCGGCGCGGGGAGCGGCGGGUCAUCCGCCUGGCUGACUGCGUGUCCGUGCUGCCCGCCGACGGCGAGAGCUGCCCCCGGGACACUGGUGCCUUCCUGCUCACCACCACGGAGCGAAGCCACCUGCUGGCCGCACAGCACCGCCAGGCAUGGAUAGGCUCCAUCUGCCAGCUGGCCUUCCCGGGCACAGGGGAGUCCUCCUCAGGAUCAGGGGAGGCCGAAGCUCCCAAGAGGGGCCCGGUCCCCAUGGAGGAGAACUCCAUCUACUCCUCCUGGAAGGAAGUGGGCGAGUUCCCGGUGGUGGUGCAGAGGACAGAGGCUGCGGCCCGCUGCCAGCUCAAGGGGCCCUACGUCCUGCUGCUGGGCCAGGACGCCAUCCAGUUGAGCGAGCCCGCGACUCCGUCGGAUUUAGAAAUUCUAGAGCCACUAAUGGCUGUGCUCUAUGCCUAUAUUUACGGAGGCCCUGAAAGCGGGAGGCGCAAGGGGCCAGGCAAGCAGCUGGGCAAGCGGCGCGUUCGGCUCCCAGGCGAGGCGUCCCCCAUCCCAGGCCCCGCCCAGGCCCCGCCCAGGCCCCGCCCCACCAAGGGGACCGGGGAGGGCCGUGCCUUCUAG